GGUAGUAACUGAGGUCACAAGGUCAAAUUUAGCGUGCUAGGCAACGGAUUCACACUGUGCAAUCGAUCGAUUUACUUUCUUUCACCGACCCACCUGUCACUCGGCCAAAUAUUCUUCAAUCCAUUUGUGAAUCGGUGGUAAAGAAGAAACCUUUUCUUGGUAAAAAUAAUUUGAAUAGACAAAUUUUGGCAGAUAAACAUUGGAAUUUAAUUUCCCGCCAUAUAUUUAUUUUACUACAAGUUUAAAAAUGGCAGCAUCAGGAAUAGCCGAACAUAACGAAGCAAGAAGACGACAACAGAGGGCAGAUAGAAUGGCAUAUAUACAGACAGAUUAUAUAAAGGAAACCCUUGCCAAUAAUGAGAAUAGAUAUAACACACGGGAUAACGGCUAUGAUCUACAAGUAGAACAUUACAGAAAGUGUGGUAGUCCACCUGAUGAACCAGCAGGUCAUGACCCACAAUCUAUAGACAAGAAAAGAAGAGAAGAAGCACGUAGACAACAAUUAUAUGAAUAUUCUGCCAAACUGAAUAACAGAUAUAGUUCUAAGGACUAUAUAAGCCAGUGGUGAAGAUAGCUAUAGAAUGUGGAGUCAGCUCUUAUGUUAGUCUGACAAGAUAAAAAUCAAAACCAAAAUAUGCAAGAUUUCUUACGACAGCUUCAAAAUUUUUAAUGUACUUUAUCAUAUAACUGUUAAGAAAAUAUGUAUUAUCUCAAAUUAUCAUUAUUCAUAGCUUAAUGACAGACUUAAACAGAUUUUCUUCCUUUUGAAUAACUAAAAUGCUUUUUAAAAAGGAACAUUGGUCUAUAGUUAAAGUUUUAUAUACAGAAACAAUGUGUUUCAUCCAGUUUAAAGUUAUGUGAUUGCAUUGCACUAGUAUACACAUUUUCAUUUCUUAUUUAUAUUCAGAUUUCUAUUUAUACACUCUGAUUGUUAUUAACUUGUAUUUUUUACAUUCAGUAUUAAAUUUGCACUAGUAUUACAGUUAAUUUUAAGUACAGUACAUGCUAAAAAAUCAACAAAAAAAUCACCAUAACAUUUAAAAAGGUGAUCAAAUAGUUGACAACUCCAACAAUUUUCGAAAAUGAUAAAACAUGGAAAGAAAUCGAGAAUUCAUGGAAUCAUUUUAAAGGGAGAUAAAUCAUGUAUUGUACUUUAAAAUUAUCAUUAUAUUGUGUCUAUAAAUGUGAUUGUGUUUUUAAUUGUGAAUAUUUAUAUUGUUUUUGUUAAUGUAUAUGCACAUAAUUUUUUUAACUUUGGAAUGAAUUUUGAUGGCUUUUAAUCAGUUUGCUUAAGAAUUCUCAAGAUGCAUUUUCUUUUCUUCCAUAAAAAAUGUAAAAUGUGAAGAAAACAUUUUAUAAAAAAUAAUAUUUCUGCUUUCUUAAGAUAUGAAUAGCCUUACAAAAAAAUAGUCAAAUGUAUUGCUUUGUGUGAUGAAAGAGAGGUUGCAAGUAAAUUAAUUUAUUAAAGUUUGAGAGUAUUAUAAUAUUGUUCUGCGUCAUUCCAAAUAAAUAUUCCAUCUGAAUCAAACCUAUUUCAGAUUUAAUUGUUUGUUUUAGCCAUAUUAGCACUAUCAUGGGAUUUUUUGGCUUCAAAUAUUGGUAAAAAUUGGUAACGAGAAAAAAUAAUUUUAGACUCAUUAAUGUUUUUCAAAAUCUGUGUGUCCAUAAAGAAAGAUAAUGUUAUGAUUUAUUACGAUGUAUUUGACAUUUAUAUAGUGUGAUGUUGUGAUUAAGGUACUCUAUGCAAUACAUUUUGCUUGUUUUGUUUGCUCAAGUUUUGCUUGAAUAAAAACUUUUUACAAUCUA